ACAUUAGUUAUUUAUGAUCUCUCUAUUCUGUUUUAAUGGCAAAGAUGAAUAACUCCAGAGCUCAUCACGAUGGAUGUAAAGCUUGUGAUGUGACUGAACCUGUGUAUGAGAAUAUAAUGCUUGACAGGAGGAGGCCGUAGAAGUUGUGAGCUUAAUGAUUUUACAGAAUAAUCUAUCUUGAUGUCUUAAAUAUGAUUUAAUGCAGCCUAAAUCUUCUGUUUGAAUGUUAGAUUCCUCUACACUAAAGACAUUUAUACCUUGACACGCAUGUACAGCUUCUGUAAAACAGUUGUGAAAUGCCAGAUAAAUAAAACUGUCUUGAAUUGACAUUUACUGUAAAGGCAGUAGAUCAUUUAUGAAAUACGGUUGAAUUUCUUUUUAGCCGAUUUACAUAAAAAAAAAUACACAUUUGCAUAGAAACGAGAAGUUAUUAUAAUCAUUGACAGAUUUGAUCUUGUAUAACAUGUUCCAAACUCAACAUUUCCUCUUUGUGUACUGCUGAUGAAAGCCACUGUGAACAAGGUAUGAGAGAUUUCAUAUAUUUAAUAAAGAGCUUGUACAUUUACAUUUCAAUUAAAGGUAUGUAAAUAUGUGAGGAAUAAAGAAAUGUCCAUGUAGAUGAUAACAAACAUUUUAAGAUACUGGACCAGAGCCGUACAGGAUGAAAUAUCAUCUGGUCAAUGUUAUUCAUGAAGUGUCUACGGAUCUCUGACAUGAUCUGAUAUGAUAAAACACUUUAAUAGAGCAACACAUAAACCUCUGUUGGACAACAAAUGAAUUACAACAAUUAAAUGAGUGGAUUAAAAACAAACGACAUGCUAUUAUGUGUAUUAUUAAACUAAUGUGAAUAACGUCACUAACACAGUUUGACAGUGAUUAUUUCUGUCCUGUAUCCUGUAUAAUAACUGUUUUUUAAUAAUCUCAUUAGUUAUGGCUGUGAAGAUUGCUUUGAUGAUGAAGGUCAGAAUGACUCUUCCUCUUCCUCUCAUCUUUCUGCUCAUGAUUUCUGGCGUUUUUGGAGAAAACUGGAAUGUGAUUUAUGAAAGUACAUCAGUAUGUGCUCUUAAUGGAUCCACAGUAAACAUGUCAUGCUCGUACACAUACCCUCAGCAGUAUAAACUGACUGAUACAUUCUGGAUAAAGACGCCAGAUGUAGAGAUGAAAAGUUUAAAAGAAUAUCCAGAGUAUAAAGACAGGGUUAAAUAUAUUGAAGACAGACAGAAACAAACUGCUGUUCUCAGACUGCACAACAUCACUAAAAAUGAUGAAAGAGUUUAUUUUUUCAGAUUAGUAACUAAUACUGAAGGACAAAAAUGGUAUGGUCAACCAGGAAUUCAGCUUAAAGUUUCAGCUCUUCAGGUAAAGGCACCACAGCUGGUGCUGGAGAAAGAAAGAGUCAAUCUGACCUGUGAAAGCACAUGCAGUCUGACAGACAGAUUCAUCUGGUACAAAAAUGGACAGGCUUUAAAGAUCCAGAACAAAACCCUCCAGCUUCAGUCCGAGCGCAGUGAUUCUGGCCGUUACACCUGCGCCGUCAGAGGACAUGAAGACCUGCCCUCUCCUGCUGUCAGCAUCGAUGUCAUGUAUCCCCCUCUAAACACCUCAGUGUCCAUCAGUCCGUCCGGGGAAAUAGUGGAGGGAGAUUCAGUGACUCUGAUCUGCAGCAGUGACUCAAACCCUCCUGCUCUGAACUUCAGCUGGUUUAAGGAGAAUCAAAGCUCAGCUGUUGGAUCUGGACAGAGUUUCAUCAUCUCCAGCUUUAACUCCAGUCACAGCGGACGCUACUAUUGUGAGGCUCAGAACCAACAUGGAUCUCAGAGAUCAGCGUCUGUUUCAGUCUCUGUUAAAGGUGAUUGGGAUAUAUUGUAUAUCAUUGCUGUCUGUGUCACUUCUGCAAUAAUAGUUGGAUGUGGGCUCUUGUUUCUCAUCAUCAUCAUUGUGCACAAAAGGACUAAGAAAAGUAAGAAUGACUCUAAGGACACAGAGCAAAAAAAGACGUCUGCAGGAAAGGCCUCUGAAUCCAGAGACGCUGAAAAUGCUUCUGCUCAAGAUGACAGAGAUACAGACACAAAGAAACCUGAAGCGGAGGAGAUUGCAUAUGCCAGCAUUACAUUUCACCAUCCAGCUAAUGAAGCCAAAUCUGCUGCAAGCCAAGACAUGGAUGUAUCUGUGAUUUACAGCGGCAUUAGAUGAUCCAGCCUAAUCUAUGUAGAUCCAGAUCAUGAAAAGAAAAUGUAAUCAUGUUUUGGGUUUUGCCUUGCUUAUUAAGCAUUUGCAGCUCCAUC